AUGACUUCUCCAUUUGUUUUGGUGAAGAUUCUAAAACUAUAUCAAAAGGAAUAUUAUGAUGAAUAUGUUUUGCCUUUAUUACGUAAGCCAAAAAUAACAUUUGAUAUAAAACUUGAUGACUCGUUUUUGAUAACAGAUAUUAGACGCAAGGCUGAAAAUCAUCAGUAUAAAAACAGUUCUGAAGUAAUUGAGGAUUUAUCACGUGUAAUCCGUUUUGUAGAUUGUGGAAAUAAAUAUUUCAUUCAAAAAGAUUACAACAUACACGACAAAAUGAAUCAAAUAUCAUUCGUUCUUCAAUCAAACAUGAAAGAGUCACUCAAAAUGAUUAAUAUAUUUAAUGAAGAAGGUAAAACCAUAACAGCAUGGGAUGUACUACUAAAUCAAUUGUCUUCAUUAACCGUUAAGGGUGUUUGCUUUAAAUCUGAUUCCCCAGAUGUUUUCUCAACGUUUCAAGGUUAUAAAUACAACAUUCUCGAAAAACCAGAUUACUCAAAAAUUGAGAUGUUUAUGAAUUUCAUUAAAGAAACCAUUUGUGAUAAUAACGAUGAAGUGUAUAAAUACCUUCUCGGCUGGAUUGCAUCAAUGAUUCAACAUCCUGGAAUCAAGAAUGAAACAGCAAUUAUUUUGAAAGGACUUCAGGGAACAGGUAAAAACAGAUUCACAGACAUUAUUUCUGAACUUCUCGCUGGUUAUUCAUGUAAAAACAUUACUGAAAUAGGUGAGCUAACGGGUAAUUUCAACUCAGUAGUUGAGAAUAAAAUGUUUCUUGUACUUAAUGAACUCAAGAAUGUAGGUGAAGACAGACUCGCAAACUUCAACGCUUUGAAAUCAAUUAUUACGGAUAAUGAGAUUAGAAUUAAUGAAAAGAAUCAACCCAGAAGAACAGCUCAGAAUGUUGCAAACUUCAUUUUCGUAACUAACAACGUUUACCCCGUCAAAAUUGAAGUUGGAGACAGAAGAUAUGUAG